GACAUACGUGAUUAGUGACUGCUCCAAGUUCAAGAUAAGGUCGUCUGAUAUCGAUAAGAAUAUCUGUAAUCUAAAUAAAUUUUCUUUCUACAUAAGCGGUUGUGCAGUAAGAGUGCAGCUGUCACACAUCAUAUUUGUUCAUAAUUUCUUCUCCUAAAAUACAUUUAUUAGCACAUUUGAACACUAAUAUCCCCUCAAAAUAAAAAUGAAAUAUUGCAGCACCCGGGGUGGUGUGAAGGGUGUGCCAUUUAGGCAAGCUCUAUUUUCAGGCUACGCACUUGAUGGAGGUUUAUUUGUCCCCGAAAUUGUCCCGAAAUUGUCUCCGGAUACUAUAUCCGAGUGGGUGAAAGCUAAGCUAUCCUACCCAAAAAUUGUUUAUGAGAUUGUUCGUCGUUUCGUUUCUGAGGAAGAGCUUCCAAAUGAUGCAUUGGCAAAGUGCAUAGAAAAUGCGUACAAUACGGGCAAAUUUGACACAUUGUCGGUUGUCGGAAUGAAAAACUGCAACACGAGGAGGACAGAAGAGGGAUUUACAGUGGCCGAGCUAUUUCAUGGCCAGACGCAAUCAUUUAAGGACUACGCUCUAUCACUUGUCGGCCAACUUAUGCAAUAUUUUCUCAAUAAACACAAUGAGAAACUUAUUGUUUUGGUCGGCACAUCUGGGGAUACCGGAAGCGCUGCGAUUAAAUCAGUAGAAGGUCUAGAGGGAAUUGACAUCAUUGUUUUGUACCCCGAUGGAAAAAUUUCUGCCGUUCAAGAACUUCAAAUGACCUCAUCACUAGCAAAGAACGUUCAUGUAUUUGCCGUAGAAGGCACUUCGGACGACUUGGAUGUUCCAAUUCGACAAUGCUUCCCUGGAGAAGGAAUUUGUUCCAUUAAUUCUAUAAAUUGGGCCAGAAUAAUGAUUCAGAUUGCUCACUUUGUCUACUUGUACAUCCACGAAGGAGGAGAAGCGCUUGACAUCUUUCUGCCAACCGGUGCCGCCGGAAAUCUUGUUUCGGGUGUGAUCUGCAAUCUGAUGGGAUUUCCUAUCAAGUUCUUUCCUGCCACAAAUGAAAACGACAACGUUCAUGCGUUCCUGAACAAAGGACAACUUCGGUUGGGUGGCACUAUCAUUUCCACUCCUGCAAAUGCAAUGGACAUCAGAUACCCUUACAAUCUGGAAAGGCUUAUCUACCUUUUAUCAAACUCACCAGAACUGACAGCCAAAUAUAUGACAAUUUGUGAGUCUGACUCUGAAAAUGUAGCUGACAUUGAAAAAUCAUUGUUGGACAAGAUCAAAACCAUCGUUCCCGAGUGUCAAUUAGUGGAGACCAAACACAUUCAUGAAACUAUUCAAUGGGUCUGGAAAACUCAGAAAUAUAUGAUAUGUCCACACACUGCCACGGCUUUCUACCACCUGGACAAAUCAGGUAAACUGACCAAGAAUAAGGCCGUCGUCGUGUCGACAGCAUCCCCCCAGAAAUUCUCGGACGUGGUUUCUGCUGCAGGCAUAUCCUCUGCGGAGUGGAAGGGGGACGAACUUUGGACGAAGUUGAAGGCUGGUCCCCAAGUCGAACCAAACCGAUCCAUGAAAAUGCAAAAUCAGUCAGAUUGGCUUAAAAUUCUGCAGGAGGAGAUUUCUAAAAUACGAUCAACACAUUGAGCAAACAAAUAUAUGUUUAACUAUAUUUUGUGUGCAUUUUAAAUUUAACUUUCAUACAAAGAAAAGGAGUCAUAUAAAAGAUAAAUAUGUUGAUUAAUUAUGAAUAUGUUUCAUUUCAUUAAAGCUUGCAUUUCAAAUGUUUAAGACAA